CUUGUUAUGGAAUUGUCCAAGUUCCCACCGGCCCCUGGUUCUGCAGGAAAUGUGAAUCCCAGGAAAGAGCAGCCAGGGUGAGGUGCGAGCUGUGUCCCCACAAGGACGGAGCCCUGAAGCGCACGGACAACGGGGGCUGGGCCCACGUGGUGUGUGCCCUGUACAUCCCUGAGGUGCAGUUUGCCAACGUGCUCACCAUGGAGCCCAUCGUGCUCCAGUAUGUCCCCCACGACCGCUUCAACAAGACGUGUUACAUCUGCGAGGAGCAGGGCCGGGAGAGCAAAGCGGCCUCGGGGGCCUGCAUGGCCUGCAACCGCCACGGCUGCCGCCAGGCCUUCCAUGUCACCUGUGCCCAGAUGGCCGGGCUGCUCUGUGAGGAGGAGGUGCUGGAAGUUGACAACGUCAAAUAUUGUGGCUACUGCAAAUAUCACUUCAGCAAAAUGAAGACCUCUCGCCAUUCGGGGAGCAGCUCCUUCCUCCCAGGCAGGAGGAGCCGCUCGGCGUCCCCCACCCAGGAGAAGCACCUGUCCCACCACGAGCGGCCAAAAAAGAGCCGCAAGGACAAGGAGAGGCCGAAGCAGAAGCACAAGAAGAGGCCGGAGUCUCCCAGCAGCCUCCCCCCAGCACCCGCAGCCCCCGUGGCAGAGAAGGGCUCCGGGGGCCACCACGAGGCCACCAAGGACAGCUCGGAGGUGGCCAGGGCCGAGGCCAAGGGCAGGAAAUCCUCGAGCCACGGCAGCGGCCACAAGGGAAAAAAAACCGGGAGCGGGAAAAGCUCCGCAGGAUUCGGAACGGCCACGCCCGGAGGAACGUUCCAGGCUGCGGGCUCCUCCUGCGCCCUCCCCGCCUCCCAGGACUUCGCUCCCUUCCCCAAACUGGAGCAGGAGGAGGAGAAAUUCCGCAAGGCCGCCAGCUCCAGCUCCAGCUCGCACUGCUCCCCGCUCUACGAGGGCCCCAAGGCCGACGUCUUCGAGCAGAAAGUCAUUUUCUCCGGCUUCGGCUCCAUCAUGCGCUUCUCCACCUCCUCCGCGGGCCAGCAGCGCGCCCGCGACGCCUCCCCCGUGGACUACAAAGCCCCCAGCGCCCCCCCGGGUGGCGCAGCCGGCACCGGAGGUGCCACCAGCGCCGGCCACAAGCGCCUGCCCCCGCUGGGCGCCGAGGAGGGCGAGCUGCUCAAGGAGAAGAAGCACAAGGGCAGCAAGAAGAACAAGCACGGCCCCGGCCGGCCCAAGGCGGGCAAGGGGAAGGAGGUUUUGGGAGCCCAGCUGGCCGGGUCCACCUCCACCUCCUCCUCGCCCUUCUCCGGGGGGUCGCUGGUCAGCUCCAGCGUCGGCGGCUCCUCCCGCGGCUUCGGCCCCUCCUCCAGCCUGCCCGGCCUCAGCGUGGAGUCGCCGCUGCUGGGCUCGGGGAUCUACACCAGCAACAAGGACCCGAUCCCGCUGGGCGCGGCGCUGCGCGCGGUCUGCAGCACUCCGCUGCCCUCGGGGCUGCUGCCGCACCAGGGCGGCGCCGCGCUGCCGCAGCUCAGCCGCUCGCCCUUCGCCAGCUCCAUCCCCGCCUGCUCCUCCUCCGCCGGCUCCACCACCCAGGUGUUUUCCCUGGCGGGCUCCACCUUCAGCCUCCCUUCCUCGCACAUUUUCGGGAGCCCCCUGACCUCGGGGCUGUCCCUGAACCCGCUGCUGGGCCAGCCGGAGAGCGGCCGGGCAG